AUGGGAAAAGGAAAGGGUCCCCUGAUUCGUCCUCCUGCAAAUCCGGUGGAGGAGAAUACUGCGGAACGGGAGGGCAGAACGCACAACCGUAAUGUUACCAGUUCUAAACGUCGUGGGGAACGGACUGGUGCUUUUGUACAACCGCGUAUGACAAUUGAGGAGGAGGAGGAGUCAGAGGCAGAGCCCGAGCAGGAGAUGGAUACAUAUAUGGAUCCCCACGAGGACGAGUACGAUCCAGGACUACGUUUUCAGCAGAAGUAUCAGUUCCCGGUGCCUGAUUUGCCAUCCGAUGAUGAUGACGAGGACGGUUUGACUCCGCCUCCGCCUCCGGCUUAUACAAUGGCUGGUACUUCCGGUGGUUCUACUCCUGCCCCAAACCCGAGGUCCCGGCCCGGUCCGAAAAAAACUCUUCCUACUCGACCGUGGAAGUUGAUUGGUGAGACACCCGGUGGACCAAAAUACCCUCAUUUGAUUCCGAGUUUUGGAGCCCAUAUUGCCUACGACAUCUGGGAGGGAAAGGGCCGACAUAUGCUGAAGUUGCGGUCUCAUGCGAAGUCUACUUGGUCGGGCCCCGACGACUAUUAUAGUGUUUCACUACUGGAGAGUACUGGGUUGUAUCACUUGCGUUAUUGUUCGCUCCCUCAGCACAAUAACCCGUUGAUAGAGGCUUUUAUCGAGAGGUGGCAGCCAGACACCAACAGCUUUCACAUGCCGUUUGGAGAGAUGACAAUUACUCUCCACGAUGUGCACUAUAUCAUGCAUUUGCGAGUUAGUGGAAAGCGCCCUAACGUUUGGAUUGAUAAGGUAGAUGCGAUUUAUGCGGGUGCGAGAGCGUUCGGUGUCGAGCCCCCAGUUAUGGAGAAGUGGUAUGGAGGCGGAUCCCGGUUAGAUGAUUUGGAUAGGAUGUAUAGCGACGAUUCUUCAUUUGCUUCCGAGUUUCGGGUACGAGCAUAUAUUGCGUACUUGCUUGGAAAGCUAUUGUUUGUCGAUAAGAGUGGAUCGAAGGUGAAAGCACAAUAA